AUGGCCGGAGUGGCCGGAAGGCUGGCGCGGCGGUGGUGCUUGGGCGCUCUCAGCAGUCCUCUGCAGGUCGCUCGUUUCCCGGCACUUCAGCUGCAUUUGUGUGGCCCAGCAAUGAGAGGCAGCCAGAAGGACUUUGAAAACGCCAUGAACCAGGUGAAACUCUUGAAGAAGGACCCAGGAAAUGAAGUGAAGCUAAAACUCUACGCACUGUAUAAGCAGGCCACUGAAGGACCUUGUAAUGUGCCCAAACCAGGUGUGCUUGACUUUAUCAAUAAGGCCAAGUGGGAUGCUUGGAAUGCUCUUGGCAGUCUGCCCAAGGAAACCGCCAGGCAUAACUACGUGGACUUGGUGUCCAGUUUGAGUGCUUCCUCUGAGUCCUCCAGCCAGGUGACACCUGCAGCAGACAGGAAGCAGCCAGGAAGUGACGCCCUGGUGGUGACCUCCCAAGAUGGCAUCACAAGCAUCACAUUGAACCGGCCCGACAAAAAAAAUGCACUCACCACUCAGAUGUAUCACGACAUCAUGCUUGCACUUGAGGCUGCAAGCAAGGAUGAUUCAGCCAUAACUGUUUUAACAGGCAAUGGGGACUAUUAUUGUAGUGGGAAUGAUCUGACCAACUUCACGGAUAUUCCCCCUGGCGGAGUGGAGGAGAAAGCCAGAAGCGGGGCCGUUUUACUGAGGGGUUUUGUCGACUGUUUCAUAGAUUUUCCGAAGCCUCUGGUUGCAGUGGUAAAUGGACCAGCUGUAGGAAUCUCCGUCACCAUUCUCGGGCUAUUUGAUAUCGUGUAUGCGACCGACAGGGCAACAUUUCAUACUCCAUUCAGUCACCUAGGCCAGAGUCCAGAAGGAUGCUCCUCUUACACUUUUCCGAAGAUAAUGGGCCCAAGCAAGGCAACAGAGAUGCUCGUUUUUGGGAAGAAGUUGACAGCCCGGGAAGCCUGCGCCCAAGGACUUGUUACUGAAGUUUUUCCCGACAGCACUUUUCAGAAGGAAGUUUGGGCCAGGCUGAAAGCAUAUUCAAAGCUCCCCCCAAAUGCCAUGAGAAUUUCAAAACAGGUCAUCAGAAAUAGGGAGAAAGAAAAGUUGCAUGCGAUUAAUGCUGAAGAAAGCAGCACCCUGCAGGAGAGGUGGCUGUCAGAUGAGUGCGUGAACGCCGUCUUGAGCUUCCUGUCCAAAAAAGCAAAGCUGUGA